GUUAGGGUUUUUUUUUUUUUUUUCAUUUUCGUAUCUGAAACACAAUGAAGCGACAAAUUUCCAAAACUACUCGUAAAGAUCCAUCACCGAUCAUCGGAGCAACUUUACCACAACAAUCACGUCGUCUCCGUGUAGUUCGGAGCUCCGAUUUCCGCAUUCCAAAUCCAACUUCCCAAUCAAACAAAGAUAUCAGCUGCAGGAAAAGAGUAAAGCUUACAAAUCUUGAUGUUAAUAUUCCCUUAAGUUGCAGAAGAAAUGCCUCUCCCACAGCUUUAGAAGGAAGACAGAGUCCGAGAUCCGAUGACCCCAAAACUUCCGAAUUUGCAUUUUUUAAGAAAUUGAAGGAAAAUGCAGGCCGCAAAUACAAAUCCCAUACAUUGCAUAAAGAAGAAAACCAGUCAAAGAAGUUCAGAAUUAGUGACUGUUCUGGAGGAAACCCAAACAGUGUCAAAUUUAGCUGUAAGGACUUCAGUUCCUCAUUACUUGCUGAAAAUGUCACACCUAGUAACUUUAGCUCACACCUGUCACCUCUUGGUGGGGCAUCAAAGAAAUCAGAGGGAAAUUCACCAGAAGCUUAUUCAACCUCAGCAGGGGGCCAGCACGGGCAUGGAGAAAUCUUUUCUAAAAAGAGGCAUAAAUUACGCAAAUGGGUUGUAGAGACAUCAUAUCCUCAUAUUGAAGAACUCUGUUCAAAGGGGUAUGAUUUUGUGUCUUUGCUUCUCAGUCGCUUGUUCCCCGAGAGCAACAAAAACAGCGGUUUUAAGAAAUCAAAAUCAAGGGAAGUUGAGAUUGAUACCAAAUCUCAAUUUCUCACUUCUUUGGAAUUGCAUAGUCAGCUCAAAAAAUUAAGUCAUAUGCCUGCAAGGAACUAUAUGGAACUUGACCAUGUUUCACACUUGGAUGAUGGUCCUUCAUCUUGUUGGUUGAAUAGAUCACCAGAGGGGGUUCUCUCAAAUGCAAGGAACUAUAUGGAACUUGACCAUGUUUCACACUUGGAUGAUGGUCCUUCAUCUUGUUGGUUGAAUAGAUCACCAGAGGGGGUUCUCUCAAAUUUUUACACUCCCCCAAUCGAUGCCAGUAUAGCAUGUCUCGAGUAUGAAAUGAGAGAAACCGAUUAUGAAGUAGGAGGAAGAAGUCCAGUUCUAUGCACUCAGUGUGAUUCCACUUAUGGCUUUCAAUCUAAAAGAUAUGGAUCUCUUGCAUAUAAUCAUCUCAAAGAACUGGAUGACUUGCAUUAUCCAAAAAAAUGUUUGAUUAAAAGUGGGUCAAAUCCUCUUCUUCUGGGUUGGGACUUUGGCAGGAAUACAGAGGAAAGAAACUCGUCUAAUACUCGUCAAAAUACAGAGCUGAAUCUGUAUUCACCUUCAUCAAGUUCCUUGGGUGGUUAUCAUCAGCACAUUCUGGAUGAAAGGGUAGGUGCAAAAGAGUUAAGUGAAUCAUCCUUCCUGUCAACAAAUUCUCCAAAUGUUAUUUCAUUCCCAUGGUCCUAUUCAGCCAACUAUAAUGAACUUGAUUUUGGAAAACAAGUUGAAGACAAGGAAGAUAUAAAUGCUGACUUUAACCAUUUUCCUCUAGCUCUAACACUUGCACCAGACUAUCUUACUCUGGCUGAAGAUCACAAGAAUGACACUAAAUGCAAAGAUAGCAGCAUCUUCUUUUCUCCUCAUAAUCUUGAUAUAAUGAGCAAGGUUUUUGGUGAGAGAUAUCAUCAUCCUGGUUUUGAAGGUGUCCUCGUCUCCUCUGGACUUGAUUUUGAUUUAGAAUGGGAUUGCCCAUCAUUAAGUGGUUCCUCAAGGAAGCAUCAUCCACCUGUCAAUUGUACUUUUCAGUCUCCCAGAAAUGAAGGAACAUAUUCAUGCUUUUUACUCAAAGACAAGAGUGAAAGUUUCCUAGAUGGUUCAAGUCAUAGAGGAACCCUGAGUCAUGUCAGUGAUAUUGUUAACAUCCAAGACUUGUCAUCAUUUUAUUUCCAAAUGCCGCUAGAAAAAGACAGGCCAUGCCCUUUGCUGCUCGAUAAAUCAAGCUGGGAUGGAACUUGAGGACAAAUUUAUUAUGAUGAUAGUAAAGAUGCUUCCAAGCAUUUUGGACAUGCUCUUCAUGCUUUCAUUAUGCUUAGUUGUAGCUGCACAUUAUUGUUAAUGUAGCUACUUUGUUUACUGGAAUUUUCCAAUGUUUUAAAGAUUUUAAGUAUACGGGUCUAUCAAGAGAUUACUUGUGAAUUUGACA